AAAUCUCCAGAGUGUGGGAGUCACUCGCUGGAGCAGAAGAUGCUAAGUUUGGCCUCUGCUCCAGUCGCAGUCGGUGCCAGCGCAGGAAGGAAGCAAAAGCAGAAUGCAGGAGCAAAUUCUCGAGGAUUUUGUUGGGCCGUAUCUGGCGCCCGGAAACACGACCUCGGCGUGCGAGGAAUGGGCCCUGGCGAAGGAGCACCUGAAGGCGAGCACCUUCGAGGUGGCGCCGGCGCUGCAGGUCGGUCUGGGGGUGGCCGCCUUCCUCGUCACGCUGCCGUUCGUGCUCUUCCGCUUCAAAUUGAUGCCACUGGGCGCGCCGGCCGCGGUGCUGCUCGGCGCCCUGCUCAUGGUGCUCAGUGGCGUGCUCAGCCAGGACGAAACCUUCGCAAUCCUAGGCGAACGCUCGCACAUCCAGACAAUAUGUCUACUUUUGGGAACGAUGCUGCUGAGCCACUUUUUCCGCCGCGAACGGCUGCUCUUCCUGGACUCGCUGCUGCCGUCGGGCCUGUCGACGCUGGGGCUGCUGGCGCGCGUGUCUCUGCUCACCUCGGUGGUGGCCGCGCUCUUCACCAACGACGCGGCCUGCGUGAUGCUGACUCCGGCCCUCCUCCGCCACUGGCUCCACAUGCGCAGGCCCGCCACUGAGCUCAAGGUGCUGCUGCUGGCCAUCGCCACCUCCGCCAACAUCGGAUCGGUCACCACGGUCUUUGGAAAUCCGCAGAUGGCUUUAAUUGCGGCGAAAACCGACUCGGCCUUGUACGCAGAGAGCCGGCUGGACUUGCGUACCUGUCUGCUCCACUUAGGGCCGCCGGCGCUGGUGUGCGGCUUCAUCAACGUGAUCGGACUCUGGGUAUACCACGAUAUCUGCCUCCGCAGCGAAAAACACACCUUUGAGGAAGCCGCGAUCGAUUAUGACAGGGGCGUCACGGAGGAGAAGCAGACCAACUCGUGCCUCGCGUUCAGACUGGCUGUGGUGGUCAUCCUUGUCUCUGUUGUGACGCUGCUCGUCAUCUCCUCUCCCGACAUGAAAUUUGAUCUAGGUUUGGUUCCUGUGGCUGGAGGAGCGAUUCUUGUUUUUCUCGACGCUUUGCUGAACAGAAACGAUGGCAGUGCCACCCUCGCCAAUGUCGACCUCAACAUCUUGCUCAUGUUCUUUGGAUUUUUUGUUUGGCUUAAAGGUUUCAACAAGACAAACUUGCCAAACUACGUGUGGAAGAAGCUAGGCCUGGCCAACGACCCUUUGGACAACAUGAAGUCCCUGGGCCUGCUGUACGCGUUCAUCCUGGUUGGCUCGAACGUUUUCAGCAACGUGCCGCUGACCAUCCUGGUGCUGGACCAGCUGCCGCCGUGCGCGCCCAACCUGCCGCUGGUGCUCUACCUGGGCUGGGUGGCCACCAUCGCGGGCAACCUGACCCUGUUCGGCAGCGUCGCCAACCUGAUUGUGGUGGAGAAGGCUUACGAAACGCUGCGCAUCAAGUUCACCUUCUUGGACUACCUCAAGUACGGAUUCGUUUCGACAUUGAUACUCUCCGCCGCAGGAAUGGUAGCCAUUUACUUGUUUCUUCUUGUCUGAAUCGUUGAAUAAAUGAACAAGA